AUGGCUCCUCCGGUAGUGCAGCUCAGGGUGCCCAACGGCGUCGAGAUAGCCCUGCCGACGGGGCUCUUCAUCAACAAUGAGUUUGUCGAGUCGAGCUCCGGCAGCAAGCUCACCAGCAUCAGCCCAAUUCCAAGCAACGGCGAGGAAAUCUGCUCCGUCGAGGCCGCCUCGCCCGCCGACAUCGACCGCGCCGUCGCCGCCGCCCGCGCCGCCUUCGAGACCCCCUCGUGGCGCGAGCUGCCCGGCGGCGACCGCGGCGCGCUGAUGCUCCGCCUCGCCGACCUCAUCGAGCAGCAGCGCGAGACGCUCGCCGCCCUCGAGACGUGGGACAACGGCAAGCCCUACCUCGUCUCGCGCGACGAGGACCUGGCCGAGGUGCUGGCCUGCCUCCGCUACUACGCCGGCUGGGCCGACAAGCUGCAGGGGCUCACCAUCCCGACGACGACGCCGGCCAAGAAGCUGGCCUACACGCUGCGCCAGCCCGUGGGCGUGUGCGCGCAAAUCAUCCCCUGGAACUACCCGCUCGCCAUGGCCGCGUGGAAGCUCGGCCCGGCCCUGGCCGCCGGCAACACCGUCGUCCUCAAGCCCGCCGAGCAGACGCCCCUGUCCAUCCUGCUCGUCGCCGACCUCGUCCGCCAGGCCGGCUUCCCCCCGGGCGUCGUCAACGUCGUCAACGGCCGCGGCGCCGACGCCGGCCAGGCCCUCGCCGCCCACCCGGGCAUCGACAAGAUUGCCUUUACCGGCUCCACCCUCACCGGCCGCGCCGUCAUGAAGGCCGCCUCGGCGGGGCUCAAGAACGUGACGCUCGAGACGGGCGGCAAGUCGCCCCUUGUCGUCUUCGCCGACGCCGACCUCGAGCAGGCCGCCAAAUGGGCCUACGUUGGCAUCAUGAGCAACCAAGGCCAGGUCUGCACCGCCACGUCGCGGCUGCUGGUCGAGGCCUCGGUCGCCGACGCCUUCUCGCGCGCCUUUCUCGACGUCGUCCGCAGCUGGGCCAAGGUCGGCGACCCCUUUUCCGAGGACACGACGCACGGCCCCCAGGUCUCGCGCGCCCAGUACGAUAAGAUCCUCGCCUACAUCGACGGCGCCAAGCAGCAGGGCGCCAAGCUCGAGAUGGGCGGCGAGUCGGCCGCCGCCGCCGUCGGCUCCGGCUCGGGCUUCUUCAUCCAGCCCACCGUCUUCUCGGCCGUCACCAAGGACAUGGACGUGUUCCGCGACGAGGUCUUUGGGCCUCUCGUCACCAUCACGCCCUUUGCCGACGAGGCCGAGGCCCUGCGCCUGGCCAACGACUCCAUGUACGGCCUGGCCGCCGCCGUCUUCAGCCAGAACAUUGAGCGCGCCCACCGCGUCGCCGCCGCCCUCCAGGCCGGCAUGGUCUGGAUCAACUCGUCCAACGACUCGGACAUCCAGGUGCCCUUUGGCGGCGUCAAGCAGAGCGGCAUCGGCCGCGAGCUCGGCGAGGCUGCUCUGGCCGCCUACACCGAGACCAAGGCCGUCCACAUCAACCUGGGCUCCCGCCUGUAG